AUGGCAACUGGUGAUGAUAUCCCGACGUUUAAGCUUGUGCUUGUUGGUGAUGGCGGUACAGGCAAGACGACAUUUGUCAAGAGGCAUCUUACAGGAGAGUUUGAGAAGAAAUACGUUGCAACUUUGGGUGUGGAAGUUCAUCCACUGAUAUUUCACACAAACAGAGGUCAGAUUCGAUUUAAUGUUUGGGAUACAGCUGGACAAGAGAAAUUUGGCGGAUUGCGAGAUGGUUAUUACAUACAAGGUCAGUGCGCUAUAAUUAUGUUCGAUGUAACAGCACGUGUUACUUACAAAAACGUUCCAAACUGGCAUCGUGAUUUAGUGCGCGUGUGUGAAAAUAUCCCGAUAGUUUUAUGUGGGAAUAAGGUAGAUGUGAAAGACAGAAAAGUCAAAGCUAAGACGAUCACAUUCCACCGAAAGAAGAAUCUGCAGUACUACGAUAUCUCAGCGAAGAGCAAUUAUAAUUUCGAAAAACCUUUUCUAUGGCUGGCCCGAAAAUUGUUAGGCGAUCCAAAUCUAGAAUUUGUUGCAAUGCCUGCACUUGCUCCUCCUGAAGUGCAGAUGGAUCCAACAAUGGUUGCACAGUAUGAACAAGAAAUUGCUGCUGCUGCGAACGCUGAACUUCCAGACGAUGAUGAGGAUCUUUAA